GACCCUUAGCGGCUGCCGUCAACCAAUCUACUGAAGCUUUGAUAACCAGGAAGUAAACAUCAAGGUGAGGAGGCGGAGGGUGUACGGGGGCCGAGAGGUGCUGAGUCUGCUGCCUCUUCACUGCGCGGUGUCUUGUUCCUUCCAGUAGGAAACAUGUCAGAAGAUACUCAGAGAAAUUUUCGGUCUGUGUACUAUGAAAAGGUUGGAUUUCGUGGUGUGGAGGAGAAGAAAUCCCUAGAAAUCUUGCUGAAGGAUGACCGCUGGGAUAUUGAGAAGCUUUGUACCUUCUGUCAGAGGUUCCCCCUCCCAUCCAUGUACCGGAUACUUGUAUGGAAAGUGCUUCUUGGAAUCCUUCCUCCCCACCAAGAGACUCACUCUGAGGUGAUGGUGUACAGGAGAGAACAGUAUGAGGAUGUUUACCAUGCUCUAGAGGUCAUACACUUCAUCAAUGAAUCCACCCCCAAGACUGAGGUGUUCCACUACAUGUAUCAGUUAGAGACUGGGAAGCUGUCUAGAAGUCAGAAGUACACUUUGGAACCAGAGGAUGAGUUGUUCUUGGCCAUAGCCGGCCCAAUGGAGGAGAUGGUGGACGAUGAGGUGGAUUGUUAUUGGCUUAUCAAGAACUUUGUGCAUCAUUUAAACACCAAGUUUAGGGAUUCCCACCAGCAGCUGCAGAAAGGAUUUGAGCAUUACCUGAAUAUAGAAGAUAGCAGACUUGUGACGCAUCUCAAGACAUGCAGUGCUCUGGAUAAGCUCCCAUAUAACUUGUGGUUUAGGAAAUGCUUUGCAGGUUGUUUACCACCAUCCAGCUUACAAAGGGUAUGGGACAAACUGGUGAGUGGAUCAUGCAAGAUACUUUUAUUUGUUGCUGUGGAGAUCGUGUUGACCUUCAAGAUGAAAGUGAUGGCCCUUAAUAAGGCUGAUAGUAUUAAUGAAUUUCUGGAAAAGAUUCCUGUGGACAACACUGACCCAAUAGUCAACAAAGCCAUAGAUUUAUGGCACAAACACUGUGGAAUACCAGCCCAUUCAGUGUAAUGCUGCAUGUAAAUGUCCUAUUUAUUUAUCUAUAAAUGUAUGUUGUGUGUAUAUAUUUUGAAUAAAUGCUCUUUUG